ACGAAGGGCGAUCAGGGCUUCAUUCAUUCAAUCCAAUAACUGAUCCAUACCCGAGCUGACCUAAUUCAUCGCAACUCUCGCCGCAACUAUCCCCCAUCUACAGACAGACACGAUACAUCAUGGCCCGCACACCUCGUCCCCUCACACCAGGGAUCUACGUCCCGACCGUGGCCUUCUUCAGCCCCAACGAAGACCUAGAUAUCCCCACCGUCGAGCAGCACGCCGCCUACCUGGCGCAGUCCGGCGUCACCGGCCUCGUCGUGCAAGGCAGCAACGGCGAAGCCGUCCACCUCUCGCGAGAGGAACGCAACGAGAUCACCGCCGCCACCCGACGGGCCCUGGAUGCCCACGGUGCCGCCUCCAAGCCCCUGAUCGUCGGCACGGGCGCCGCCUCGACCCGGGAGACCAUCCAACUGUGCCAGGACGCCGCCGCAGCGGGGGGCGACUACGUGCUGGUCCUGCCCCCGUCGUACUACAAGUCGCUCCUCACGACCCAGACCAUCCGCGAGCACUUCAAGCUGGUAGCCGCAGCCUCGCCGGUGCCCGUGCUCAUCUACAACUUCCCGGGGGCCUCGUCGGGGCUUGACCUGUCGUCGGACGACAUCCUCGCCCUGGCCGCCCACCCCAACAUUGUGGGCGUGAAGCUCACCUGUGGUAACACGGGCAAGCUGGCCCGCGUCGCCGCGCAGGCCAAGCCGGGCUUCCUGACCUUCGGCGGCUCCGCCGACUUCACCCUUCAGACCCUCGUCGCCGGCGGCGCCGGCGUCAUCGGCGGCGUCGCCAACCUGAUCCCCCGCGCCUGCGUCCGCGUCUUCGACCUGUACCGCGCCGGCCAGGUCGAGGAUGCCCAGCGCCUCCAGGCCGUCGUCGCCCGCGCCGACUGGCACGCGAUCCAGGGCGGCUUCGUCGCCGUCAAGAGCGCCCUCCAGUCCUACCGCGGCUACGGCGCCCUCCCCCGCCGGCCGUGUGUCGUGCCGGCCGCAGAGCAGGUGGCGGCACUCAAGGAAUCCUUUGCCGAGAGUAUGGAGCUGGAGCGCCAGCUGGAGAAGCAGCAAGCUUAGGGAUUAUUUGUUCGUCCAACCAAGGACUUCCUCCCCCCGUCCUACACAAUACACCUAAUUUCCACACAAGCAAGCAAGCAAGCAAGCAUAAGCCUCCAAUCCCAUUUCAUCCCCA